UUCUAUUCUCAUCAUCUGUCAAAAUCGUUUCAUGAAGGAAAUUGAUGUUGCCAUAAGUUACGAGUAAAUAUUAAAGAUUAUUUACUCUGUAAGAUGACCGUGGAAGAAAUUAAACAAACGAUUUCAACGGAAGAUAAAGGAAAAAAUGUCCAAGAACCUCUUAAGCCAUUCACGCUUGAAAUUUUGAAAUUGAUCAAAGACUCUCAACAACAACACGGAUUGAGACAUGGGGAUUAUCAGAGGUAUAGAGGUUACUGUUCGAGAAGAAUUCGUAGACUACGUAAAGUUCUCAAGAUACCUCAAGGAGACCGCAGACAUUUUAAGAAAAGGGAUGUUUCUGAAACGCAUAUAAUCCAUCCUAAAGCUGAUGAAAGAUAUCUGCACAUCUAUCUGGUGUUAACUGAAAGGUGUUGGGCUUAUGCUAUGCAAUUGAGACAAGAGUCAAAUACAGAGCAAAGAAAAAAGUUUCAUUUAGUACAAAAGCUAAGAAAAGCUUGUGUUUAUGCCCUUCAACUGGAGGAGCUUUGCAAGUUGGAGAGGUGUGAUGCUAGAACCAAACUAGAAUCUCAGGCUUAUGCGGCUUGGAUUCAAGGUACUUUAGAAUUUGAGUUGCAUUUAUGGAUGAAAGCUACUGAAAAUCUGAAGAAGGCUCAAGUUAUAUAUGAAAAACUGGCUUCAACUCUUCCUGAAGAUGAUCAGUUGCCCUAUAAACAAAGGGUUGAAGAAAUAGCUCCCAGUCUAAGAUAUUGUGCCUAUAAUAUUGGAGAUGAAAAGGCUGUUGACCUGCUUGAACUCAAAAGUCAGGGAGUUUUAGAAAAUUUCGAGACUCUAGUUGCUCAGACUAAAGAGAAAACCACUGAGGUUCUUCAUGAAAUUCAAUGGUUUGGAGUGAAAGUUCCAGUUAUAAUCGAAAGAGUUCGUCUCUUCUUGAUUGGGAUAGAGGGGUUAGACGAAUCUCUCAAGAAAGCUGAAGAUGCACAGGCUAAAAUAAAGAUUCUUGAAGAUCUUUUUAUUGACCUUCGUGACAUAAUUUCAUUAGCUAGAGAAGGUGCCCGUAAUGAAAAAAGAAAUCAGGUUCUACUUUCUUACUUGCUUUCUAUUAGGGUUGAAAGAACUUCUCAAAGAAACUUGUUGUUAGUUCAGCAGACUAGAAGGGCCCAAGACUGUGUUCGUCUACUGGACAUUAUAAUCCAGCAAACUAACGAACUUGCUCAGAAUGAUGACAUUAAAAAUGACGGGAAGGCUCAGAAAUACUACAACGAGCAGAUUAGUGCUUAUAAAAUUUUGAGGUUAUUUUAUCUUGCAAAGACGCAAAUCGCUCAAAAAAAGUGGAGAGAAGCUGCGGCCCUAUACGAUCUUACAGAGAAGGCUUCAAAGUCGAAAUUGCCUGCUACAUGUUUUCCAGAGUUGGAAAAACUUCUGAAUCAUGUGAAAGAGAAUGUAGAAAUCGAAAAAGCAAAGGCACAAGCCAACUUUGUUUUGGAGAAAGAAGAUGAAAAUGUUACGAUAGUUCCACAGAAAGUUUACAAGAGUAAGAAGCCUUUAAUCGAGAGAUUAGAUGAUUUCAGAGAAGAACCCCAAUUGCUGACUAAGAACCCUAAUUUAGUUAGUUUACCAACUAAUAUGGAACCGAUACCAGUGAAACCGUUAUUCUACGAUUUGGCUCUUAAUUUUGUAGAAUUUCCUGAUCUAUCUGAAAAACUUGAGGGAACGCAGAAAUCCAAACAAGCUGCAGGAAUUUCUGGUUUUGUCAAGGGUCUUUGGGGUUGGGGCAAAAAAUAAUUGUUACAACAGAUUGAAACAUUUCUUCGAUCAUUAUGUUGAUGCUAAGAGAAAUUUGCUAAAAAAAACUU